AUGAACCGCUUACCGACUCUUGAUCCACAUGUCCUCACGAUCGCGGAUUUGAAGGAAGCAGCAUGUCGUGAUAUGCCAAAAAUGUAUAGGGACUACUAUAACGAAGGAGCGAUGGAUCUUAUCACACUCAAAGACAACGAAGCAGCUUUCAAUCGCUACAAAAUCAGACCGAGAGUAAUGAUCAAUGUGGCAAAGAUAGACCUGGAAACCAACAUGUUUGGCAUCAAGACCUCUGCACCUUUCGGCUUUAGUCCAGCAGCUAUGCAUGGACUCGCACAUCCCGAUGGUGAACUGGCUACAUCACGCGCAGCAGCAAAAGCGAACAUUUGUAUGGGAUUAUCAGCUUUUGCGACAAAAGCCCUUGAAGAUGUGAUUGCUCAGGGCACGGGCAACCCAUAUUUCAUGCACAUUUCGAUGAUCAAGGACAAAGUGGCAUGUGCGAAUACCAUCAAGCGUGCUGAAGGCAAGUCAGUUACAGCUGCUGGUUAUAAGGCGAUCUUUCUCUCUGUUGAUGUGCCAGUAUUGGGACAAAGAUUGAAUGAGCAUAAAAACAAAUUUGAGCUUCCCGAAGGACUCGAGUGGCCCAACCUGACCGCUGUGGGAGAGGGACUAGAAUACGAAGAUGCUACGAUCGAAUGGCAUACCGCGAUACCGUGGAUGCGAUCGCAAACUAAACUUGAGAUAUGGCUCAAAGGCGUUGCUUCGCCUGAAGAUGUUGCCCUGGCGAUUCAACACAAGGUUGACGGUAUCAUGAUAUCGAAUCACGGUGGUCGUCAGCUAGACGGUGUACCUGCAACACUUGACAGUCUCCGUGACUGCGCUUCUGUAGCAAAAGGCAAGAUCCCGAUCGCUUUCGAUGGAGGCGUGAGAAGGGGUAGUGACAUCUUCAAAGCAUUGGCAUUGGGUGCUGAUUUCGUUUUCAUGGGUAGGGUACCGAUAUGGGGGCUUGCUUAUAAAGGACAACAAGGUGUCGAACUUGCAGUGAAGAUUCUGAUGGCCGAGUUGCGUAUGACUAUGGCGUUGGCUGGAUGUCGAACGGUCAAAGAGAUCAAUCGUGGGCAUCUUGCAGUACUGAAGGGUGACGGUGUACUAUGCAAAUUGUAA